UAGAGUUUUGUAUUUCCUCUGCCUGGUGUCCCUGAAGCGUUUUUCUUUUCCUGGGAAACAAAUGUUUUCAGAAACUCAGGAUGUUUGUCUGCAUUUAACUCUGGGAAAAUGUGGAUUAAAACCUUUUUAUGUCUUGUUGUGAGGAUGAUGAUGAUGAUGAUUGUUUCUGCUGCUGAAGAUGUGAAGAAUAAUCUGACAGGACUCAUUGGAGGAAACGUCACUUUCCCUGAUUCUGUGAAGGAGUUUGGAUUUUUUUUAAAGGGAAGACAAAACAUUGGUCUGGUGACAAAAGGAAAAUUUGAAAUCGCAGAGGAUAUUUAUGAGAAGAACCUUUUCUGGGACAGAAACUCUGGAUUGUUUACGCUCACAGACCUGCAGAAAAAUAACUCAGGGAUUUAUACCAUUGACUCUAAAAAAGGAGACGUUCUAACAUUAUCCUACGCUCUGACUGUGUACGACUGGGCUCCAACUCCGCAGGUGAACAGUCAGAACUGGAGCUCUGACAGCUGCAAACUGCUCUGCUCUGUGGACAAACAGGUGACUCUGGUCUGGUACCGGGACCAGGAGAUCCUGAACCAGAGCAGCUCGGAGCUCUCUUUACCCGUCACUGUCCACAAACAYAACCGACACUCGGACUAUAAAUGUGUCGCUGCCAACCCUGCAGACAGGAAGACUCUMCAGGUUAACCUGGAGGAAUCCUGUGGAUUCAUCCAGUCACAAAAUGGAAAUAACCCAACAAGAAACUAUGGGAUUGGGAUUGGGGUCACUGCUGGGUUUAUUGUGUURAUUCUAUUCUGCGCCUGCUUGAUCAAACAGAAAUAUGUCAAGAAAGAGAAGAAAACCAGACAAAGACAAGAUCAAGAAGAGGAAGUCCAAUAUACGUCAAUACAAAUCCAAAGUAGCAGACAGUGUGAGGGAGAGCAUCUUCCAGAACCAUCAGGAUCUGAUCUGACAACAAUCUAUGCUAAACUGGACCAUCCAGAACCCCAAAGAGACCCGGCUGAUUCUUAACUAAAACAUUUCAGGUGUAAACAAAACCGUACCUACAGAUUAUACUUCAAUAUUAAUCUGUAUUCAUAUUUAUUUCUGUUGUAUUUUGGUUCUUCUGUUACUGUUUCUUAUUUCAUAGUAUCAUUUAUUAAAAAUCAACUCUUUUCCUUCAAA